AUUAAUGGGGCGCUCCUCCUCCUCCUCCUCGUCCUCCUCCUUCUCCUUCUCCUCAUCCUUCUUCUUUUCCAAAUAUAUAUUCCAAAAACCAACCUCCUUAGUACAAGACUAACGCAAGAAAAAUGAGCUCAACAGAAAGUAAUACAUGUGCUAUUUGCUUGGGUAAUGUCACAACAGGACAAGCCAUCUUUACAGCCGAGUGCUCCCAUUCGUUCCACUUUGGCUGCAUUGGCAAUAGUGUCUCACAUGGCAAUUUCAAUUGCCCUAUUUGCCGUGCAAAAUGGAAUUGUCUCCCUGUCUCUAUGCCCAACUUCGACCCUAAUGUUCCACCCCGACAAUUCCCUACUCGCUUCUCCAAUGUUUCUCAACCACUGACGCUGCCAACUCCUCCAUCUGAGCCCGAGUCUCUUGUUUUCUCUGAUGAUGAGCCCUUACCCAUAAUCACUAGCGAACCUACCUCUUCUUCUUCACUUGCUGGUCUGCAAAGUGUCAAUAUCAAGUCCAUUCCUGAACGUCCCGUGCUUGCAGCUUCUGAAUCCAUCUCUCAGUUUGCAGUUCUUGUUGGAGUACGUGCACCUCCACUAUCAGAUAAUGCACGGCACCUUGAGCGUGCGCCUAUUGACCUUGUUACUGUACUAGAUGUUAGUGGCAGUAUGCAUGGCUCAAAGUUACAUCUCCUGAAGCGAGCUGCUCACUUUGUCGUAGAUAACUUGGGACCUUCUGACCGACUUUCAAUAGUUUCUUUCUCAUCUACUGCUCGGAGAAUCUUUCCCUUGCGUAGAAUAACUGGCAAUGGCCAUGAAGAUGCUAGAAGGGCUAUUGAUUCACUUCAAGCAAGUGGUAUGACUAAUAUUGUGGAAGGCCUGAAGAAGGGGGUUCGUGUUCUUGAAGAAAGGCAUCUGCAGAAUCCAGUUGCAAGCAUCAUAUUCUUAUCUGAUGGGAAGGAUACUUGCUACCGUAGGUCAAUAAUUCAAAAUUCCUCAAAUCCAGGACAAAGUCCCAGACUAAAUCCUGAAUAUCUACAUCUUAUGCCUGAUUCGAUCUGUCCUAGAAACAGAGGAAGCCAAGAUGAAAGCCAGCAGCAAAGAUUUCCAGUCCACACAUUCGGUUUUGGUACGGAUCACGAUCCUGUUGCAAUGCAUGCCAUAUCCGAUGAAUCAGGUGGCACCUUCUCUUUCAUUGAAUCUUAUGAAAUGGUGCAAGAUGCUUUUGCAUUUGAUGAAUUAUCCAACAUCCAAAUGUUAAGGGUUUUAGUCUUCAAUAUAAGCAGACUGGAGGUUUGGUUAGGAGUGUUAAUGGAUCGUCCAGAUUCUCAGAAGGCAUUAACCAUCCCACUAUUUGUAGAACUGUUUAUGAGACUAUGA